GGGAGGAGGGAUUAACUCAUGAAUUAAACAACAAAUUAAAACAACAAAACCCUAAACUGCCAUUGCUUUCCUCCAUCCAAAACUAGCUCACUCCACUUCCAUGAAUUCCAACGGAGUGAGCCAAACAGCGGAGGAUAUCCGCCGGGAAAUCGCCGCUCUACAGGAAGCGAAGGCGGAUAUUGACGGUCGUAUAUCAGCUCUGCAAGCGCAGCUCAGCACCUGCGUCUCAAAAGAUGGAACCAACGGCACCAGUUGCUGCGCCUCGCCGGGCCAAUUGUCGGCGGAUAUGAUAUAUAGGUACAGCCGCCAGCUGAUCCUCCCUUCGUUUGGCGUCGAAGCGCAGGAGAAUUUAUUGAAGUCUUCUAUUUUGGUUAUCGGCGCCGGCGGAUUAGGCUCUCCCGCUCUGCUAUACCUCGCUGCCUGCGGCGUCGGCAGGUUGGGAAUCGUUGAUCAUGAUGUGGUGGAGCUCAACAAUCUGCACAGGCAGAUAAUUCACACGGAAGCAUUUAUAGGAAGAUCAAAAGUAGAGUCAGCUGCUGCUUCAUGUCGCGCGAUUAACUCUACCGUCCAAAUAGUGGAGCACAAGGAAGCGUUCCGGACAUCGAACGCCUUGGAAAUUAUGAGAGGGUAUGACAUUGUCAUUGAUGCAACGGACAACGUACCCAGUCGUUACAUGAUCAAUGAUUGCUGUGUUGUGUUGGGAAAGCCUCUUAUCUCUGGAGCUGCACUUGGAUUGGAAGGACAGCUAACUGUUUACAAUUACAAUGGAGGUCCAUGCUAUCGUUGCUUAUUUCCUACUCCGCCCCCUUCAACAGCAUGCCAGAGAUGUUCAGACAGCGGAGUUCUUGGAGUAGUUCCAGGUGUUAUUGGGUGUCUCCAGGCCCUCGAGGCUAUAAAAGUUGCUGGUGUAGUUGGGGAUCCCCUAUCUGGAAGGAUGCUUCUGUUUGAUGCACUAUCUGCUCGACUUCGUGUUGUCAAAAUCAGAGGAAGGUCGCCCAAGUGUGAAGCUUGCGGAGAAAAUUCAACUUUGACAGAAGAGCAAUUCUGUAAUUUUGACUACGAAAAUUUCACUCAAUCUCCUCUAUCCACGUCUCCAUUGAAGUUGCACCUGCUUCCAGCAGAAGCCAGAAUAACCAGCAACGAGUACAAUGAGAGGAAUUUGAAAGGUGAGCCCCAUAUAUUGGUAGAUGUCAGGCCUGCUCAUCACUACAAGAUCACCUCUCUCCCGAAGUCCUUGAACAUUCCUUUGGCAAGCUUGGAAGGAAGGUUGUCCGAAAUAGCUACAGCCUUUGCAAGAGAGGAAAGCAACACGACUGCCACUGGUGAAGCCAGUCGAGUUCCUUCUUUGUUUGUCAUUUGCAGAAGAGGCAAUGAUUCUCAGAGGGCUGUCGAGCUCCUCCACAACAAGGGAUUCCCUUUUGCUAAGGACAUCAUCGGAGGGCUUGAAUCGUGGUCACAAGAAGUCGAUCCUAAGUUCCCGAUCUAUUAACGACGGUUCUGCUUGCAAAUGCAAGGUACAUUCAGUUUCUUCUAUGGGAACUGAUUGAAAUCAGAAGGAUAAUAUAUAAGCAUGCAUUCUCGAGCAUUUAUCAGAAGCACAAUGAUAAUUUCGUCCUCGGAAAAUCCUUCAUCACUGUAACUUAAUCAAACUACAGAGUGAGCUGUGUUUUAGAUACAUAUGAUUGAAAGAUGAUUGAGAUUUAAAUUACUCGAAAGUCGACAGUAUGUCUUGAACAUGAAUUGGAAAAUGAAUUGUCUUGUUUUUAUGAA